UUUGUUUUCUGAGCUGAACCGAAACCUGACGCCCAAUUUCAGGAUGCAUCUGUGCAGAGGGCGAAGAAAAGCAGCAAAUAUUCACAUCUGAGAAGUUCGAGAAAGCUUGGAAGUUACACGAAGAGGAGAAAGCGGGGCUGUUCUCAAGCCUGAACGUUUUUUGUCUUCCUCCAUCUGGCCGUCACUCUCUCUGCCUCUUCAGAUUGGUGCUCACCCCCUCUCCCCUCGCCACCAUGCUGUGCUGGGGGAAUGCAAAGGACGGACAGUUGGGUAUUGGCGUGGAGAGGAACCCCAUGUUUGAGCCAAGGAGCUGUCAUGUGUUCAGUGGGAGGGGACUGAAAGAGGUCGCCUGUGGAGGGCAACACUCAGUGUUCUUGCUGCAUGAUGGUAGUGUGUACACAUGUGGUUCUAACAGCUGUGGACAGCUGGGCCACGACAAACCAGGGACUUUCCCAGAGUUGGUAGGAGCUCUGGACACUCAGAAGAUAACAAUGGUGUCGUGCGGUCGGACCCAUUCUAUGGUGGUGAACGAGCAGGGUCAAGUGUUUGCCUGGGGGGCUGGUGAAGGGGGUCAGCUCGGCCUGGGGACGGCAGAGGCGGCUGUUCGGAUCCCGAGGUUGGUCAAGAGGCUGUGUGACCACCGGAUCUCUCAAGUAAUGUGUGGGAAUCAGCACUGCAUUGCACUUUCUAAAGAUGGUCAGCUGUUCACGUGGGGCCAGAACACCAGCGGGCAGCUCGGACUCGGGAAGGGGGAGCCCAGCAAGCUGUUCCCUCACCCCCUCAAGUCUCUGGCGGGCAUUCCUUUGGCAAAGAUAACCGCCGGGGGAGACCACAGCUUUGCUCUCUCCUUGUCCGGAGCUGUAUUCGGCUGGGGCAAGAACAAAGCUGGACAGCUGGGUCUCAAUGACAAACAAGAUCGUGCCGUCCCGUGCCACAUCAAAUUUCUGAGAUCUCAAAAAGUUGUUCACAUCAGCUGUGGAGAUGAACACACAGCAGCUCUCACAAAGGAUGGCGGCUUGUUUACAUUCGGUGACGGCUCGUGGGGUCAGCUGGGUCACGGCUCCACCAAUAAUGAACUUUUACCCAGACGAGUGCUGGAGCUGAUGGGCACCGAGGUGUCCCAGAUCACCUGCGGCAGGCACCACACGUUGGCGUUUGUGCCCUCCUCUGGCCUGGUGUAUGCAUUUGGUUGUAACAGUCAUGGCCAGCUGGGCACAGGAAUACUGGGGGAUGCCAGAAGCCCAUUUCCUGUCAAGACCAGUUUCCUGACUGGAAAUUUCCAAAGAACAGAUUCAAAACAAUACACAGUGACCAAAAUCAUCUGUGGAGGAGACCACAGUUUCUUGUUGUACGCUAAUGAACAGAGUUUUGUCGCCCCAGAAGACUUCAGAGUGAUUAAUAUCAAUAAAUCAAUCUCCCCAAUCAAUCAUGAAAGAUUAAUUUCAUGGAGGUUGAAGCUGAUGUACAACACGGAUUCUAGUGUCACAAACGACAUCAUUAUUCAACUCUCCUCUACGGCUUGUUGGAACGCCAGCUUCUUGGACCAAAGCGAUGAUGCCCACUUCAAAACCAACCCAAAGAUCCCCGGCAUAGAUCUCAACUCUGUCAGAAUGCUGUUCGCGACGCUCAGCAAACCGGCUUUCUCUGGACUUCUGGAGCAGGCCAGCAAGAGUUUUGAGAGUCUGUUGAUCCCUCAGCUGCCGCGCUCCCCUCCUGACGUCGAGGCCAUGAGGAUCUACCUCAUCCUGUCUGAGUACCCGGCCCUGCAGGACUCCAAGAACUACAUCCGCCUCACUAUCCCCCUGGCAAUGGCCAUCCUCCGUUUAGACGCCAACCCCAGCAAAGUAUUGGAUAACUGGUGGUGUUCCGUGGACGGCAGCGUUUUCACCAGGAUGGUCGACAUGUACAAGAGCAUCGUCGUGUUUAUGCUAACGGGGGGCAAGACGCUGCUCGUGCCGUUGUUCUAUGAGAACUACUUUGUGGCCACGCUAAGGCUGCUGGAGAAACUCCACAAGGUGAACCUGAAGGCCCGCCACGUGGAGUACAACCGCUUUUAUAUCCCCGACAUCACCAGCCUGGUGGACAUCCAGGAAGACUACCUCAAAUGGUUUCUGAGUAAAGCUGAGAUUAAAGUGGGAUCAUCGUCCCCUUCACAGAGUGACUUUCCCUCAGUGAACCUAUGUGCCUACCCGUUCAUACUGAACGCUCAAGCCAAGACGACCAUGCUGCAAACAGAUGCUGAACUGCAGAUGCAGAUGGCAGUAAGCGGUGCAAACCUACACAAUGUCUUCAUGCUGCUCACACUGGAACCCCACCUUGCGAGGAACCCCUACCUGGUGCUCCAUGUGCGCAGGAACCAUUUAGUAAGUGACACGCUGCGGGAGCUCACCAUGUACUCUGAUGUGGACCUCAAGAAACCGCUGAAGGUGAUCUUUGACGGAGAGGAGGCCGUAGAUGCAGGUGGAGUAACUAAAGAGUUCUUCCUGCUGCUGUUAAAGGAGCUGAUGGAUCCUGUUUAUGGGAUGUUCACUCAUUACAAAGAGUCCAACCUGCUGUGGUUCUCAGACAAAUGUUUUGUUGAGCAGAACUGGUUUCACCUGAUCGGGAUCAUCUGCGGUUUGGCCAUCUACAACUCCACGGUGGUGGACCUCCACUUCCCUCUGGCUCUCUACAAGAAGCUGCUGGAUGUGUCGCCGACGCUGGAGGACUUCAAGGAGCUGUCGCCCACCGAGGCCCGGAGUCUACAACAACUUCUAGACUAUGAAGGAGGUGAUGUGGAGGAGACGUUUCUUCUCAACUUUGCUAUCACCAGGGAGAACUACGGGAUGACGGAGGUGAAGGAGCUGAUACCUGGAGGAGAAAGCAUCAGCGUGGACAGAAACAACAGGAAGGAGUUUGUGGAGGCCUACCUGCUCUACGUGUUCUCAGACUCGGUCAGCGAGCAGUACUCGGCCUUCUCCUCUGGCUUCCUGAAGGUGUGCGGGGGGGAGAUCCUGUCGCUGUUCCAGCCCUCCGAGCUGAUGGCCAUGGUGGUCGGCAACAACAACUACAACUGGGAGGAGAUGGAGAAGAAUGCCGUUUACAAAGGGGAAUAUACAGCCACUCAUCCCACAGUCAGACUGUUCUGGGAGGUUUUCCACGAGUUCCCUCUGGAAAAGAAGAAGCAGUUCUUAUUGUUCCUGACCGGCAGCGACCGGAUCCCCAUCCACGGCAUGGAGAGCCUGCGCAUCGUCAUCCAGUCCACCACAGCGGAGGAGCACUACCUGCCGGUGGCCCACACCUGCUACAACCUGCUCGACAUGCCCCGCUACCAGACCAAAGAGAUCCUGCGCCGCCGCCUCACUCAGGCCGUGGAGCAGUACGAGGGCUUCAGCCUGGUCUGAGCAGCUUUAAUGCACUUUAACAGCAAUACGCCACCAGUCAGUGUCAAAGAGUGUGAUGGAGGACUCGGUGACACAGGGAGGUCGCUCUGAUUGUUCAGCAUCUUGAACCUGAAAGGUCUAUGUAUGUAAAUGCAGAGUAUUAUUGUUUUCGUCGCUUUGGGCAAAGUUUCUCAACCCUUUUAGGACCAUUUGGAAGAUGUGCGAUAUUUAUUGAAAAUACAUCACGAUUACAGAAAAAUGGGAUCAUAAACAGUUUGGGACCUGAAAUCAAAGACCAGAGAAGGUUGAGAAAUGUUUGCGUAGUUUUAUUUUUGUCUUUUUUUUGCACAGCGGCGUAUUUUAUAUUCAGCUCCUUAAAUUCUAUUUUUCACCUUUUCAAGAGUUAUGUUAUUACUUUGAGACAAUAUAUCUGCUUUUUGUUACUUUUGAUUUGUUAAUAGAGUGGUUAUUUUUUGACAAAAUUAAAUUGUAUAUAUAAAUAUAAAUAUAUAUGUAUGUAAAUAGCACUUUGAAUAUAAUCUUUACCCUGGACACUGGGAGGAGUGUUUGUCCGCUGAUCCUUUUAACUCUGGACACCAGCAUGUCUUCUCUGCCUGAGCCUGAGGGACAGCAGAGGAGAUCAGCAGGCAGGAGGCUGCAGGAUGAGACGCGGUGGUUAUGGUUUGCAAUCCCUCUUUUCCUUUCGAGCUGUGGAUCACAGAGCAGCUGACUUUGUCUUGAACCUGCAUUCAACAGUGUUGCCUUCUACAGCGAAACCUACACGAAAAGCUGACUUUUACAGUUAUUUUUAAUGGUUGUCGUCUGUGUGCAUGUUCUUGGAGUGAAAGCAAAACCCUGAUUGUCAUUUAAACGUUUGACAUUUUGGAAAAUGCGUUUAUGAGCUUUCUGGCUGAGAGUUAGAUGAUAACAGCUGGUUAGCUUAGCUUACUUUAGCACAAACAGUGCAAACGAGGUGAAACAGCUAGCCUAGCUCCGUCUUAAAUUAAUACGUUAUAUCUUGUCUGUUUAAUAUGUACAAAUAUCAGAGUGCAAAAACGAUCAUUUGUCAUUUUAAAGGGCAUUUUUUUGGUGAGGACCGGUGUUAAACCAGAUUCUGUGACCAAUAGGCCAAAGUUUUGUUGCCACCCACCACAAACGUUUAUUAUGAAUGUAUUUUAUUUUCUGGCCUCCCUUGAUUUGACAGCCUAACACGGUGCAGCCGUAGUAUUUAGAGAGGGUCACAAACGUUGAUCGACAUUCAGGUCGUACAAUCUAGUGGGAAAAGAGCGUAACACCUCUAACUGACUGAAGUCUGGUUGCCUGGCAACUGCGCAAAAGCCCCAAAAUAGUCCGGCACAUGACCUCGUGCAAAACAGCGAAUUGUCGUUUUUCUUUGUACGGAUGAAACUAAUGAGAUUAACGUGUUAAUCUGUGAGAUUCAGAGUUGAUCGUUGUCAGAUUUUGUAAACGCUGCACGGAGCCAGACUAGCCGUUCCCCCUGUUUUCAGUCUUUUUUGCUAGGCUAAGCUAACCUGCUGCGGGCUGUAGCUCCAUAUUUAACAUUAAUGCUACGUCAGAAAGGGAAUGCGUGUGUGUCCUCAAAUGUCCUUGAAAACUUAAUAUAUAAUCGUUAAAAUUAGUAACUGUAAUUAGUUUGUUGCCAAGUUGCAUAUAACUAAAAUGUGACAUUUGUGGCAGGGUGACAACGUGCAUAUUUAACAGUGUGGGCAGAUGAACUAUCAAGUAUCUAGAUAUAAAGUGAAUCGACAAACCGCAUCUAUCAUGUCACUCGUUCCAAAACUUGCCCUGAUGCUGUGUUUAUUCCUACAGUCGAACCUCUUACUGCAGAAUGAUGUUGAAUUAGGCGUGAAGUGUGUGAAACAGUCUUGCAUUUCUAUAUUUUUGAUAUAUUUCAUACAUGACGGUGGUGUAAAAGCGACGUCAGACAGUAAAUGACUUGAUGUGUCCUGACUAACGGGUCACACUGACACAUCCAUUAAGCAAUAACAAGCUGAACAGCCCAGUAAUGUAGUGAAACUCUGGGUUAUUCUUCUAAAGGUCUUAAACACUGGACUCUUCUGAGAUGUUUCUUGGGACAGUUCAUCCUCUUGCUUAGCUCUUUACUGCAUGUACACACACGUUCUACAUGUUCAGUCAGUAUUAGUCUAAUUAAAGCUUAUUUCUCCUGCAGAGUUUAGUCCUAUGCAAAGGUUUGUGCAGCCCUUGACUUUUUUGCACCUUUUAAUGUGCUACUGGAAAUGUGAUUUUUGCAUAUUUGUCUGAAAUCUACACAAAGCUCUCUGUUCCAGCCAACUUUUGAAAUAAAACAAUACAGUG